ACUUUAGUUAAUAUCGUCUUGUUGAACGCACGUCCCUAUCAACUUAUUUUCAAUUAAUAAUAUUGAAUGAAAGAACAUAGUGUCUUCGUUGGAAACAGUGGAAAAACGAGAACAGUAAUUAACUGUUGGAGGUAAGGCACCCGUAAAACACGUUAGGAAAAGUGUCUAUCAAGGGAAAAACUCAGUUCGAGAAUGGAAUCACAUGAGAAGAACAACAAGGUCAACGGUGACACCUCUGACCUUGGUAAUAUGACAUAUGAAAUGAAAGGAACUGAUUCAAAAGUUGAACCUCCGCGACUAAAAGACCUCGACGACCUAUUCCCUUACGUCGGCCAGUUUGGAUGGUAUCAACGGAUCUUGUUCCUGCUGAUGAUACCCUACUCGUUCUUCUUCGCGUUCGUGUAUUUUGCCCAGAUCUUUAUGGUCGUUGUGCCUUCUGAACAUUGGUGUUACGUACCAGAACUGGCUAAUCUGACUGUCGAGGAGAGGCGACAUCUAUCCAUACCGUUAACAACCAAUGGUUACGACAAAUGCACCGUAUACGAUGUCGAUUGGAAUAAAGUAUUACAAAAUGGUGCUGUUGACCCGGAUGCAAAAUGGCCAAUUAAGAAAUGCGAUAGCAAGUGGGAAUUCAAUUUUACGGAUGUACCAUACGAAACGAUUGCUACACAAUUGGGCUGGGUAUGCGAUAGAGACAACUAUCCAGCGACAGCACAAUCGAUCUUCUUCUGUGGAGCUAUCAUUGGCGGACUGUUCUUUGGAUGGGUCGCAGACAAAUACGGAAGGGUUCCGGCAAUUGUUGGUACCAAUAUGGCUGGUUUCUUCGCUGGCGUCGGCACAGCUUUCACCAACAGUUUCUGGUCUUUUUGCCUGUGCAGAUUCUUAGUGGGCUUAGCGUAUGACAACUGCUUUGUCAUCAUGUACAUUCUUGUGCUGGAGUAUGUGGGACCGAAAUGGCGUACAUUUGUAGCUAACAUGUCUAUCGCUGUAUACUUCACGUUUGCUGCUUGCAUCCUCCCCUGGAUAGCACUCGGAGUUUCGGACUGGAGAUAUUACACACUAAUCACAAGUGUACCGCUGGUGCUGUCAAUCUUGACUCCCUGGGUUGUACCUGAGAGUGCUAGAUGGCUGAUCUCCCAAGGGCGAAUAGAUGAAGCCAUGAAGAUCUUAUUGAAGCUUGAAAGAAUUAAUAGAAAGAAAAUUCCAGAUGCUAUUUAUAAGGAAUUUAAAGACACCGCUAUUCAUAUGGCGAAAGAGGACGCAGAAACCAAGAACUACACAGUAGCAGACCUUUUCAAAACACCUAGAUUGAGACGUAAUAGUAUUCUCCUGCUGUUCAUAUGGACCUCCAUAGCGAUGGUCUUCGAUGGGCACGUCAGGAAUGUCGGUUCUCUGGGCUUGGACAUGUUCAUCACUUUCACCAUAGCAACAGCUACCGAGUUUCCAGCUGAUAUUCUGCUUAUUCUUCUGUUGGAUAGAGUAGGGCGCCGUUGGUUAGCAUUCAGUUCGAUGGCGUUCAGUGGAGUAUUCAGUUUUUUGGCUACGACUGUUCCUAUUGGCUUACAAUCGGCAUCACUGGCUAUAAUCGGCCGCUUCGCUGUAAACAUAUCCUACAACAUAGGCAUGCAGUACGCCGCUGAGAUAUUGCCGACGGUAGUCAGAGCUCAAGGCUUGGCCCUCAUACAUAUGACUGGAUACGUGGCCACCAUACUUGUUCCAUACAUCGUUUAUUUGGCGACAAUAGCAACGGAAAUACCCCUGCUCAUUCUCGGCGCCCUCGGCAUUUUUGGCGGUGGUCUAUGUUUAUUCCUGCCGGAGUCUAUGGGUAAACCAAUGCCACAGACUAUACUGGAUGGGGAAGAUUUUGGAAAGGGGCAGAGAUUCUGGGAUAUACCUUGCUACACGAGGAAGAAGAAUUCUGAUGAAGAAAGUUAACUACCGAGCCGAAAACAACAUCAAAACAUCCUUAAAAGUCAAUCGACUCAAUAGAUUUUUAUUUCUUCGUUUCAUAUCCAGUGUUUUCUCAACUCUCCGGGGGUUUAAAACCCUAGGGAAUUAAGUACGAGCAUAAUUCAAAGGCCGCCUGACUUUUUGAAAUUUAAACUUUUAUAUAAAAAUAUACUUUAAUUAUCAAAUCCUAUGAAUAAUCUAGUACUUUUUUCAACAACCGGUGAUAUUUGGUUGGUACUGCUAUGGAGUUGUAAUUUAACUGACGCACAUUCGGUGAUACGACUCUGCGGAACCCAGGAGUCUGCGGACCACUAAUUGAGAAACAAUGUUCUAACCAAUUUACGUUAAAGAUGUUUAAAAAAAUAAAUUCUUGAUAAU